AUGUUCCGUAGGCCAGUGCUGGUGAAAACAUCGCAGCCUAUUGCACUUUGCUUGAAGACUGCCUGGCGCUGCACGCGAGAAGGAUGCAAUGGUGUGUGCAAGACUUACAAAGCUGUGCUGGCCCACAAAUGCCCUACUUGGAAUCCGCAUCCUGGCAGGGCGGCCGCUACUUUGCGCAAGGACAGAAAGAUCGCUUUGAGGGAGCACCGCGCCAAGAACCCUUCCUUCAGUGGUAUCUCCAAGCAGGUCUUGACUGCCAUCUACGAUGGUGCCAUUCGCGAGGUUGAUCCAGAGGAGCGUUCGUCCGCAUAG